UUGCAAUAGCAGCUGGCUGGGGAAGGAAUUUAAGCCUUAGUGGGUUGAAUUGCUGUGACCUUGGUUUAUUUAGUGGGAUCGAGGCUUGUCUGUUCGACUGUUUCUGAGGAGGAAGCUUAGAGGUUAGGUUGUAUUCGAUGGCGUCUCCUCUAUUUCAGGUGGAGGAUCAGACGGAUGAGGACUUCUUCGAUAAGCUCGUUGAUGAUGAUGAGUUUCCGGUUACAGAAUCUGGACCUGGUUUGGCCGAAGGUGAGGAUUCUGAUGAGGUGAACGCAUUCUCAAACUUGAGCAUUGGUGAGGUAGGCACUGCCUUGGACGGUUCCAGCAGUGAAGCUGGGGUUGCUGGCAAAGAGGAAAAGCAUGCCGAAGAUGUUAUUGCAUCAUCUGCAGAUGCACCUGAAAAGGACAAUUUGGUUUUGAAGGAGUGCGCUCCUCUUGCAUCCUCCAAUUCGUUUGAUUUUGACAAUGAGAUUGAGACCAACAAUGUUGUUGAGGGUGCAGAAGUUGCGUCAUCUUCAGAUGCACCUGAAAAGGACAAAUUAGUUUCUAAGGAGGGCGUUCCUCAUUCAUCCUCCGAUUCAUUUGCAUUUGACAGCGCGAUUGCAACCAACGAUGUUGUUGAGGGGGCAGAUGUUGCAUCGGAUUCCACAACUAGCAAGAGCAGUGGAUCUAGGGGUGCAAGUGUGAAGCAGGUUCAAUGGACUGCAUUUCACAUUGGUUCGACUCAGCAAAGUGGCAGUGGGUUCGGGUCAUACUCAGACUUCUUUACCGAGGUGGGAGAUAAUUCAGGAGAUCCAUUUCAGAAACUGGACAAUAAUCCAACCACUGAUUCGAAGGUCACAUCUACCGCUGCAGAAAGCGCAGCCCCAGAUUUGACAUAUUUUAACCCUGUGCAGUAUCAAGAAGGUGUAACAUAUGGCAAUGCCACGGAACAAACUACCAGUGGGCAGGAUUUGUAUGAUAGCCAGUACUGGGAAAACCUUUAUCCUGGAUGGAAGUACGACCCUAGUACUGGGGAGUGGCAUCAGGUGGAUGGUUAUGAUGCAACUCUGAAUAACCAAGUUGGUUUUGAAAACAAGAUCCAGGCAACAGGUGGUGGUGAUGGUGUUGUUUCAGACCAUAGAUCAGAGGUUUCCUAUCUGCAGCAGGCAGCACAGUCUGUUGCAGGAACCAUGGCUGAGGGUUGUACAACUGGUACUGUCUCUAACUGGAAUCAGCUCUCACAAGGGAGCACUGAGUAUCCCCCUCAUAUGGUAUUUGAUCCUCAGUACCCUGGUUGGUACUAUGAUACAAUUGCCCAAGAAUGGCGCCUCUUGGAUUCUUAUACCCAAUCUGUUCAGUCAACGGGAACAGAUAGUGGCAGUUUCCCCCCUGAAAAAGACCAAAACCUAUAUGGGGAUUAUGGCCAAGUUAAAAAUUUUGGAUCACAAGUCAUGCAUGGUAAUGACCAAGUUCAGGAUUGGUCUGGGCCCCCAAAUUACUACAGUCAACAAACUACGAGUGCAUGGCAGCCUGAUGCUGUUGCUAAGAGUAAGAAUGUGGCUAGUUUUACUGAAAAUCCACAAACAGGAGGCUUCUACAGUUCUCCUGGUCUUGUAAAUAAUUAUUCUGAUCAUUCAAUGGGUGUUAAAUCUGUUGGUUCAAUUCCUUUAUAUGACCAAACAAGUCACAGUAAUUAUGGCAGUGAUGGGGUGGUUGGAUUUCGUAGCUUUGUUCCUUCUGAGAACUCCUCUCAUCAGAUUAGUCAAAAAAAGAUGGAGCAAAGCCAAAAGGUGCAUUUCUCAAAUGAUUACUAUGGCAGUCAGCAAUCAAAUUUUACCGAGCAGCCAUUUCAGAUGACCACACAGCAUUCUUACACUCCCCAUGAGGGGAGGUCAUCGGCAGGACGCCCCCCACAUGCUCUAGUUACUUUUGGGUUUGGUGGAAAACUUAUAGUCAUGAAAGAAUGCAGUCCUUACUCUACCAACUCAGCAUUUGGAAGCCAGGACUCUAUAGGAGGCUCUGUUUCUUUACUUAAUCUGAGCGAAGUUGUCAUGGAGAAAAUUAAUGCUGCUACCAUUGGGGUUGUUGCUUGUGAUUACUUUCGUACCUUGUGCCAGCAAUCCUUUCCUGGCCCUUUGGUUGGUGGGAACGCUGGAAGCAAAGAAUUAAACAAAUGGAUUGAUGAAAGGAUUGCAUACUGUGAAUCACCCAACAUGGACUAUAGAAAAGGUGAACUUUUGAGGUUGCUUCUCUCAUUGUUGAAAAUUGCUUGUCAGCAUUAUGGGAAACUGCGAUCUCCUUUUGGCUCCGAUCCAGCCCUGAAGGAAACUGACCGUCCAGAAGCAGCAGUAGCUAAGCUUUUUGCAUCUGCUAAAAGGAAUGGUCCUCAAUCAAGUCAUUAUGGUGCCCUUACUCACUGCUUGCAAAACUUGCCGUCUGAAGGACAGAUUCGGGCUACCGCUGUUGAGGUACAAAACCUUCUUGUCUCUGGUAGAACAAAAGAGGCUCUUCAAUGUGCACAAGAAGGUCAGUUGUGGGGACCCGCGCUCGUUCUUGCCGCACAACUAGGCGAUCAGUUUUAUGUUGAUACUGUGAAGCAAAUGGCCCAUCGCCAAUUAAUAGCAGGGUCACCUUUACGGACUUUAUGCCUAUUAAUUGCAGGGCAACCGGCCGAUGUGUUUUCAACAAACAGUGGAACUAGUAAUGGCACACCCCAGCAGAGUGGAUCCAACAGUAUGCUAGAUGACUGGGAAGAGAAUUUGGCCAUUAUAACCGCAAAUGCAACAAAAGGUGAUGAGCUUGUAAUUAUUCAUCUUGGAGAUAGCCUAUUGAAGGAAAGAGGCGAGAUUUCUGCUGCUCAUACUUGCUACUUGGUUGCGGAUGCAAACUUCGAGUCAUAUUCGGACAGUGCAAGACUGUGUCUCAUUGGUGCAGACCACUGGAAAUACCCUCGAACUUAUGCUAGUCCUGAGGCUAUUCAGAGGACAGAAUUAUACGAAUACGCAAAAGUGCUUGGGAAUUCGCAGUCUAUCCUGCUACCAUUUCAGCCUUAUAAGCUUAUCUAUGCCCACAUGCUAGCUGAAGUGGGGAAGGUUUCAGAUUCAUUGAAGUACUGUCAAGCAAUACUGAAGUCUCUGAAAACCGGUCGAGCUCCUGAAGUGGAGACAUGGAAACAGUUAGUAGCUUCUCUUGAGGAGCGUAUAAGAACCCACCAGCAGGGUGGAAAUAACACUAACUUGGCUCCAGCAAACCUGGUGGGUAAAUUGCUCCCAUUGGUCAACAGUACCAUUAAUCGGAUGAUUGGGGCCCCACCACCACCUGUGCCAUCAGCAUCACAGAAUUUUGUUCAGAACAAUGAGCAUGAUCACACUCCAGCUGGCCCAAGAGUAGCAAAUAGUCAAUCAACAAUGGCUAUGUCAUCAUUGAUGCCCUCAGCAUCAAUGGAGCCCAUAAGUGAAUGGAAUGGUGACACUAGAAUGAUGAUGCCCAAUAGAAGCAUUUCUGAGCCAGACUUUGGCAGGACUCCGAGACAGGUUGAUCCAUCAAAGGAAGCAGCCUCUCCUGAUGCACAAGGCAGGGCAUCAGUCUCUGGUGGACCAUCUCGCUUUGGCCGUUUUGGCUCACAGCUCCUCCAGAAGACCAUGGGGUGGGUCUCAAGAUCUCGCUCAGAUCGGCAGGCUAAACUGGGAGAACAGAAUAAAUUCUAUUAUGAUGAAAAACUUAAGCGAUGGGUGGAGGAAGGCUCCGGACCUCCAGCUGAAGAAGCAGCCCUGCCACCCCCACCAACAACUGCCAGUAUCCUGAAUGGAAUGUCAGAUUACAACAUACAAAAUGCUUUAAACAGUGAAAGUAUGCCCGCUAAUGGAGGGCCUGAAAUCAAAAGCUCAGCUCAAGAACGUAGUCCUGGGAUCCCACCCAUCCCACCCAGCUCCAAUCAAUUCUCAGCUCGUGGACGGAUGGGAGUUCGAUCAAGGUAUGUCGACACCUUCAACAAAGGUGGUGGAACCAUAUCAAAUUCAUUCCAAUCAGCUUCUGUUCCAGCUGCAAAACAUGGAGCUGGUGCAAAUGCCAAAUUUUUCAUUCCAACUCCCAUGGCCUCGAGUGAACGAACAGACAAUGCAACAGGAGAAAGCAUGCAUGAAACUGCGAUGACUAAUGGAAUUCCUUCAACAUCUGUUGCAUCAGAGUCAGUGAUCCCAUCGACAGCAUCAUCACCGGCCCUGUCAAUGCAACGGUUCCCCAGCAUGGAUAACAUCACCCCUACAAACAAGGGGAUAGAGGCAACAGAAAAUGGUGACGGGUCUCUUCCUUACCGAUCACGGCGAACAGCAUCAUGGAGUGGAAGCAUUUCUGAUACAUUUAAUCCUCCCAUGACAACUGCAAUAAAGCCUCUAGGAGAGGCAUUGGGCAUGCCACCAUCAAUGUUUAUGCCUAGUGAUCCUUCUCAAAUGCGCAUGUCCAUGAAUGGUGCAAGUUUGGGGGAUGAGCUCCAUGAAGUUGAACUCUGAGCUACAUUCCCAAGUAUAUAUAAUCUUAUUGUUGCUUCUUACUGUAAUCAGGUCAGGUCAGGACAUACCUCAAUUUUCUCCCCAAAAGAGAUAAGCGGUUGAGCAGUGGAAUUGGGACUUCAUACAGGGAAACUGGUGCACUGUUCUUUGAUGAAAGGUGCCUUACCUGUUAAAACUGUAUCGUUGGACUAGGGCUGGUCUGAAUGUCCCAGGAGCUGCAACCCUCCAAUGUGGGCGAGUUGGUGUCUUACAAAGCAAAGAUGACAUGUUUCGGCACCAGUUGUACAGUUCAUUUGUUGAUUUAUUGGACAAUAAUCCAAAUAUUGUUUUCAUAGGUAGCCCUUCGAAGAAGAUAGAGGAGAACCUAAGCAAGAGCACCCCUUCUGCAAUUUCUCUUGGGGUGAAAAGCGUUUUUUGAAAUUGCAAAAAAUAAGAUUUUCUUGUUCUUUUUAAGGCUUCCAAAGUGCCUAUUUACUAAAGGUUAAAAAAGUAUAUGACAGCCAGGAUUUCCUGUUUGAUCAAUUUCCUGCCAUAGGUGAAUUAGCUGGU